CGCCCUCUGCGACCACCGAGUCAACUCCAUCUCAUCCCCAAGCCACGACUCUUCACACAAAACUCGCAACUCCUCCUCGUCGCCAACCACCCGCCGCGACCACAGCUCCCCUACCUAUCACAACCCGCCUUCCACCGCCCCGCACCCCUCAAUGGUCCCUCACAACAACUGGCACGUCUUUUGACGACAGAGAACAGAAAAUACGUGAAAGAGCAAGUCUGGCUAGCCACGAAAUGGACCGCCCUCGGCUGGACAUUCCUCGCCCUCGGCGCAGUCGCAUACUACGGCAUCUUGACCGAGACCGAAGAGCGCGCCAACCCGACCCCUGCGGAGUGGAAUUUCUGGACGAGAAAAUACCUCCGAGCUGGCAGAUUCUUCUCCGAUCCUGCACACCUCGAAACGAUCGGCACUAUCAACUGGGUGGAUGCUGGGUCGGCGUUUCGUGAUGCAUUGACCCGGCUGGAAGAUCCUGAGAGGGAAGGGAAGGGAUUGCGAUCACCGGACGGAGGUGACAUAUUGAUCCCAGGCGUGGGAAGGGCUGGAGAUGAUAUUUCUGAGAAGUCGUGGCCGUGGCGGUCGGGAUACUUUGAGGUUAUCAUGGGAUGUGCUAAAGCUGCGGAGCAUCUGGAUGACAUGGUGUUGGAUACUACGCGAAAUCUUGUGUUUCCCAAGGAUGUCAUGCUUGGUCCGUCCAACCCAGAUCCGAGACCUACGCCUCCGCGAAUGCAGCAAGCACCGCUGGAGGAGAACUGUACGGCUCCUUGUCCGCCACCGGAGACAUACUACCUGCGAGUCUUAACUGGACGAGGAUUCACGACGAAACAGAAGUUGGACGCCGCGCUGGCUUAUGCGAAUUGGCUGGAGUAUAAGAAACUUCCAGACAGCGCGGAGGAGAUGUACAUCUGGGCUGUUGACAUCGCAAAGGGAGCGUUACCAAUCACCGCCAACGCUGAUGACAUUCUCGACUCAAGAACGCACGUCUUGAAACUCUCCUCGCACGCCGAGAGCGACAUCACGCCCAACCUCCUCCAUGCCAGCACGGCUCUAGCAGUCCACCACGCCCGCAACGGCAACCUCCAAGCCGCCCUCCCCAUUUUCCUCUCCGUCCUACGAGCUCGCCGCACCGCGCCAGUCUCGCCAUUCCCAGCCCCCUCCACUCCCCAUGAGGACACCAAGCCUUCCUUCCUGACUUUGCUCACCACCCCACCCGCCUUCCCACCCCCGCCACCCUCAGGCGACAUCCCCCUCAUCCGCAGCACCGACCGCCCCACCUGUGAAGAAAGCGAACUCAUGCUCUACAUCGGCGAGAUCCUCUUCGCCAGUGCGGCAAGGGAAGAAGGACUCGGGUGGACCAAACAGGCUGUGACGAUCGCCAACGCGGAUUUGCGGAGUGAAGGAACUCUUCUCACGGUGAACACCGAUCGAACGGAGGCCGAGGCGAGGAAGAAGUGUAGAGAAUGUUUGCAAACUGGGCUGGCGAAUUGGGGGGUUAUGUUGAGGAAGUUGCAGGAGGAGACAGAGACGGCUGGGGUGGAGAAGAAGGGGUGGUUUGGCGGU